AUGGCUGCCUUACCAGCGCCCACUCCUAUAACGGAGUGGCCCGACUACAACACCAAUCCGGCUGGAGGCGACCCCAUGACUACAGAUCUCAACGCCCCCUAUGACAAGGGAGAUUUGUGCUGGAUGCAAAUCACACCCGCAAUCGGCUUUCUCUAUGCUGGCAUGCAUCGCCGCAAGGCGGCACUCACCAUGAUUUUCCAGUCGCUCUUCUGUGCAUGCGCUGCAGGCAUCCAGUUCUGGGUGUAUGGAUACUCGCUCUAUCAAUCCCACACCACCGGCCCCUUUAUCGGCGACUUGUCCAAGGCUGGCCUGCACAACACUCUGGCCUAUCCUUCGCUCGCAAACAGCGACAUACCCGAUAUCAUGUAUGCCUGUUUUGGCUUCACCUUCGUGACAGCCACGGCCAUGAUACUGGCUGGCGCCAUGCUUGAGCGUGGUCGUUUGGGACCCUCGAUGCUGUUCCUGCUCUGCUGGACCACCUUUGUAUACUACAUCCUGGCGUAUGCCGAGUGGAAUCCCAGUGGAUGGCUGUACAAUCUGGGUGUUCUGGAUUUCGCGGGCUCGGGUCCAGUGCAUAUCGCGUCUGGCUUUUCGGCGCUCGCAUGGGCAGUCAUGUUGGGGCCGCGUGUAGACCCGCAUAACGAGUCGCAUCACCCACGCAUACCGCACUUCAAGCCGCAUAGUCCUUUUCUCGUUGGCCUGGGUACGAUUUUCAUUUGGUUUGGCUGGUUCGCGUUUAAUGGUGCUUCGACGGCCAACAUCUCCAUCCGAUCCAUCUACAUUGUGUGCAACACCAACCUUGCUGCGUGUGGCGGCGGAGUCGCCUGGGUAUUGCUAGAAUACCUGUUCACUCGGAAAUUCUCAAUCAUCGGCUUCUGCUCCGGCAUCAUCUCGGGCCUCGUGGGCAUCACACCAGCAUGUGGAUACAUCCCUAUUGAAACCUCUGCGCUUGUCGGAGCCCUCACGUCCUGCUCCACUUUCUUCGUAGUCAAAUACAAGCAUCUUCUACGCGUGGACGAAGGCCUGGAUAUCUUUGCUAUCCACGGCGUGGGCGGCUUCGUAGGCGACAUUUUGACCGGCUUCUUUGCAGCCAAAAAUAUCCCUGCGCUCGAUGGCGUGAGUAACACGUACGAGGGUGGGUGGUGGAACCACAACUGGAAGCAAAUGGGCUAUCAACUUGCUGCUGCCACGACAUGCGCAACUUGGUCCUUUGUCAUCUCCGUUAUUCUGCUCUUCAUUAUCAACAAGAUUCCCGGCUGCCAUAUUAGAGCGACCGAGGAUGAUGAGCUAAAGGGAUUGGAUUACAAGUAUUUUAGCGAUGCUGAUGGCGAUAUUGUCGUGUUGAACGGGUAUGGAGCCACGACUCCCGGUGCGACAAGUUUGGGCCUACCAAGUGGUGGGUCAGCGGCGAGCCAUCAGGACAUUCCUGUCGAAGCUGCCAAGCGGGAUUGA